AUGGUUAAACUAUGCCUCAAGUUCGGCGCCAAUAUUGAGUGGCGAGACGAUUUUGGAAUUACUGCACUUGGUUAUGCAGCAGAAAAUGGAAAUUGUCAGGUCGAAAAAAUUGUCGAUGUCAAAAAUAUUAAUGGAUUCUCUCCACUAGAAUUGGCAUUAUCAAAUUGUUAUGUUCAAGAUUCACUUAUCUUUCAACUAAUAUCGUUUACAAAUGUCUUACAACUUUCCAACCAAAAUUCAAAAACUGGGAAAACUCCGUUACAUAUUGCAUCAGAAAACAAUCGUCAAAUGGCAAUAGAUCUCCUUUUGGAAUCUGGAAUUGAUACAUCAAUAAAAGACAAUGAAGGCCGUAUUGCUGUUCACUACGCAGUUAUUUCUGAUAAUCUUCCUAUGGAAACUGUUUGCAAACUCUGUCAAUACACAUUGAAUUUAAAUAUAUCUGAUGCAUACGGAUUAUCUCCGAUUGACUAUGCUGUUAUAAGCAGUAAAGCACCGAUUAUGCUAUUACUCAUUAAUUAUGGUUGUAAAAUAACAACAAAAACGUGGGAAUUAGUUAAAACCAAGAUUGAAUUAUUGGCACUCCUUCUUGACAAACUAAUGAAGGAUUGUCGUUAUUUCUUAUCAGUAAAAUGA